AUGGGUUUCCUGAACCUGUUCCGCCGUGUGAGUCGUCGCAGCCUUGGCCCGUGUCUCGUGACUCCGCCGUCCCCCCACCUGUCGCACCUCGCACCCAGCUCCGGGCUGUUCAACUGUCAUCUACGCCCCACCCUACACCUCUCCCACGCGCCCACUGACAGCUCACUUCUCUUCUCCCAAUUAAGAAACCCGAACCAGAUUACGAGACCGUACUGAGUGCCCUGGAAGCACGCAUCAAGACGCGCGAAGACCACCUCUUGUCGAUCCGACUGCGUGAAAGGCGGGCCAACGCGCUCUUCAUCACCUACGGCAUCGGUGCGUGGCUCAUCUACUCGGUCGUGUGGUAUACUAUCCUGAGGUAUCGCGCGGACGGGAUCGACAAGCUUUUGAGGGUACUGCCGGUGGUUGCGGCGCCUGUCGGGUGAGCGAUCGACCAAGAGGUUCGGCUGCGAAUGUCCGAGUGUUGAGCGCUGAUGACGUGGCGUGGCGUGUGCUUGGGUUGCAGGAUCGUCUUCACCAAGAAGUUCAUGAGAUGGUUCUUUGGGCGACAACAAGAGAAAGAGAGUGAGUCAAGCGUGCCUCACUCCAAAAGUUGUCAUGUUCAUCCACUCAACUGACUUCGGCGGUUCACGCGAAUCUCAGUCCAAGCGCUCAAGGUGCUCAAGAAGGAGCAACAGGACAAGGUCGAGGAGCUCAAGCGCAAAACGGGAUAUUAUUCGACCCGAUCGCUGUUGGAAAAGUACGAUGAAGGGACCAAGAAGACCGUCGGGGUGAGUUGCUGGUUCAUUCUCUCUGUCUCAACUCGGUCGGGCUCAUCACCCUUCUCGGACGACUUGACCUCGCAGCCCAACAGGACACCUGCCGGAUCACAACCUUCGACUCCUGCCCGAGGUAAUUUCCCACCUUUGGGACCGGUUCAUACGCCUGGGUCGAACACAGCGACCCCGAACCGCUCCAUGAACCCGCCGAUGCCACCGACUAUGCCCGGACCUGCCGGCUCAGCUCCCCAACUACCCCUUCUCCCACCUGCCCUCUCCUCCCCUGCACCCCGCACGCUACUCGAUAAGCUCGCCGACGCCCUGAUUGGUGCGAACCAAGAAGAUGUCUCCCCACACAGCAAGUACGCGCUCAUCUGCGCGAAUUGCUAUUCGCACAACGGUUUGGUCGUCAAAGAGGAAUGGGACACGAUCCAGUACCGGUGUCCGAGGUGUGGGUUCUUCAACCCUAGGCGCAAGAAGGAGGGCGGAGAAGGGGAUGAUGCGGAAGGGAAGGGAUCGUUGGGACAUCGUAGGAGGGUCAAGAGUGUUCACGUCACACAUACGAGGAGACACGAUUCCGAUUCGGAUGUGAGGAGGUCCUCGGCAACAGCGACGAGUGGGAGCACGGUGGCGGAAGAACCUUCGGCCAGCGUUGAGACGGGAACGAGUGAAGUCAAGAGUGGAGAUGAUGCGGUGAUGGGGAUUGGACCCGAGUCAGAAGGUGGGGAGACGAUGAUGCGGGAGAAGAGUGGAGGGUCGCUCACGACGGCGAGGAGGAGAGGGGCGGGGGCGAGGUCCAAACGAAUGCAGGAGGAUGAGUAUGCGAUGGAUACGGAUCCAUGA